GGGUAUUAACGCAGAGUACAUAGCUAGAGAAGAAUGAAAACUCCAAUGAAUGCAUUAUUAGGGGCUUCGCUCCUACGUGACGCGGCUGAGCCAUUUCAACUAAGCUUCCAAGAUGCUGCUAGUCCUGUUAUGGAAGAGAUUUUAUUUCUUCAUAAUCAAAUUAUGUUUAUUUUAACUAUUAUUAUAACAACUGUAUUAUGGUUAAUUAUAAGAGGAUUAACAGGUCAAGCUUAUCAUCGUUAUCUUAUAGAAGGAGUUACAAUAGAAAUUGUCUGGACUAUUAUUCCAGCAAUCAUUUUAGUAUUUAUAGCAUUUCCUUCUUUGAAACUACUUUAUUUGAUGGACGAGAUAGUAGAACCCGGUGUAACAGUUAAAGCUAUAGGUCAUCAAUGGUAUUGGUCUUAUGAAUACUCAGAUUAUCAAACUGUCUCAGGUGAAGAUAGUACCUUAGAAUUUGAUUCUUAUAUGAUACCUACAAGUGAUCUUCAACCCGGCGAUCUUCGACUAUUAGAGGUUGACAAUAAAAUGGUUGUUCCUGUUGAUACUUAUGUUAGAGUUUUAGUUACAGGCGCAGAUGUACUCCACUCAUUUGCUGUACCUUCAUUAGCUAUUAAAAUGGAUGCUGUACCUGGACGUCUUAAUCAAACCGGAUUUUUAGCUAAAAGACCGGGAUUAUUUUAUGGUCAAUGUUCAGAGUUAUGUGGUGCUAAUCACUCUUUUAUGCCUAUUGUUAUAGAAGCUGUUAGCAUGAAUAAAUAUAUCAGUUGGCUAUCUUCAUUAUGUGAUGAUCUUUAGAAGAUUUUCCAAUCAUCAAAUAUGCCUCACUUAGAUAUAACUGCUUAUUUAACUCAAUAUAGCUGGACAUUAAUAAUUUUAUUAGCACUUUAUAGUAUUAUGAGUUUAUUUAUUUUACCUAAAA